GGAGUAAAACCAUCAAGACCUACCAGUCCUCGCGUUGAAGUUUCCCCCUCUUUGUUUUCCUUUCACUUUCUAAACUAAUUUUUUCUUUCCUUCCAAACACAAGUUUUCCUUCCUGUUCCUUCAUCUUUUCAAUUCAAAUUAUUUGAUUCGUUUUUUUCUUCUUAUUCUUCCCCACUAAGAGACAUGAUUUUUCGUUAUGGCGGUGAUUUACAGUUUCCGCGGAAAGGAGGGAUAGAGAGACAAAAGCAAUGAUUCGUUCGAUUUAGGGAUUUAAUUUCUUUUAGGCUUGAUUUGGCCGAAACAAUGAACACGCCAAAGCAAAAGCAGGUGACGGUUAGUGACUUGGUAGAGGAAGCCAAGAAGCGAAUUGUGAUUUUAGCUAUAUGCGUCGUCGGAUUGUCCUAUCUCAUGUCACGGACAAGCUCCUCGGUUUUGGUUAAUCUUCCUGCUGCUGCCUCCUUAAUCAUUCUCCUCCGGUAUUUCUUGAUAGAUUAUGAAAUGCGGAGGAAAACUGAUGCAUAUAACAGCAAACCUGCAUCUACAAGUGCCUCGACUCCUAAGCAACCACCAGAACGUCCUAAAGUUGUUGAACAUUGUGAUUGGAGAAGGAAAGUAAAUUCUCCUGUCGUUGAGAAUGCGAUAGAUCAGUUCACAAGACAUCUUAUUUCCGAGUGGAUGACAGAUCUAUGGUAUUCUCGUUUAACACCUGAUAAAGAAGGCCCAGAAGAAUUGGUGCAGAUCAUAAAUGGUGUUCUUGGGGAGCUCUCAGAACGCUUCAGAAAUAUAAACCUCAUCAAUUUACUGACAAGGGACCUUAUUAAUCUCUUUUGUUCACACUUGGAGCUUUUUCGUAUCAAUAAACCAAAAAUUGAAAAUAAGCAAUCUGAACCACUGACUAUCAAAUAUCGAGAUGCUGAAAUAAGGCGCAUUCUGGCAGCAGAGAACAAACUGCACCCGGCUUUAUUCUCUACUGAAGCUGAGCACAAGGUUGUUGAGUUUUCAGUUUGACCUUCCAGUUUGCAACAUUUGAUGAAUGGUCUCAUUUCUUUCACAUUCAGGCCCGAAGAUUUGCAGUGCUCUUUCUUUCGUUAUAUUGUCAGGGAGCUUCUGGCUUGCACAGUAAUUCGACCUGUCAUAAACUUAGUGAGUCCAAAGUUUAUAAAUGAGAGGAUUGAAUCUGCAGUUAUAUCUAGGACAAAAGCUAAAGGAGAACUUAAUGCUGCUCAAGAUGCGUCUCAAUAUAAAGCAAAUGGCACUUCAAAGAUCUCAUCUGAUAAUUUUUCUAAGUUUCUAGAUCCUUCUGUUACUGGUGUUGAACUUGUACAGUUAAAAACUAAUCAGUCUGGAGCUGCUGGAGACACCACUGCAACAGACGAACUAAAUGGAAAACAACUUUCAAAAGAUCCAUUGCUUUCCAUGGAUACCCAAACUUUCCAUUCAUGGAGCUCGGUGCCCUUGAACUCACAGACUGAUGCUGAAAGAGGUAUUGAACAACAUCGUUCAGGUGGAGAAUGGGGUGACAUGUUAGAUCUGAUUUCACGUAGAAAGACCGAGGCCCUUGCUCCAGAAAAUUUUGAGAACAUGUGGACAAAGGGGAGAGAUUACAAUAAGGAUAGAGAAAAACAAUUAAUCGGGCAAGUUCCUCAUCAUUCCUCUGCUGGGAACUCUGCUGCUGUGGAUCAUGCAAAAGCAAUAUUGAAGACCAGAGAAAAGUAUCCAACCAAGCUUAACUCAUCUGAGAGUCAUGUUGCUCAACCGGCAUUAACUGAUCAAUGCAGAAUAGAAAAAUCAUUCCCACAUGAAGUUCGGAACGUAUCGUACUUCUCUUCAGUGUUAUCUUCUCAGGAAGAUGAUCGUAACCUUGUUGAUUUGGAGGAGGUUGAAUCAGAAAGCAGUGAUUCCUUUACGUCUCAAGAAGAAGAAUCAGGACAUGUAACGGGUCUUGAUUCUUCUGGAACUAAAGUUUGGGAUGGUAAGGGUAACAGAAACCUGACUGUUUCUCACAUUCAUCAUCCACUUGAAAAUCUUGAGGGCCAUAUUGUAAAGAAGGCUGGUGGAAGGCAUGUUCAAUAUCGAAGAUUGACUAGAACCCCAUCCAGCAGGAAAAGAUCUAGAUUGACCAGUCAGAAGUUGCCUGUCUGGCAAGAGAUUGAGAGGACGAGAUUCUUAUCUAUGGAUGGGCAAGACAUACUUAAUCCACUGAAUGGACAUGGAAAAGCUGAAUAUUCCAGUGAUGAUUCUGAGACUGAAUUCUUUGGUAGACUUCACAGUGGAGUAACUGCUUCUUCAUCUGCUUCUCCUCUCUCUAUUUCAGAAAGUCGUAGUUUGACUGCUAAUAUCUUGCAAAAUUCGUUGGUUGGAGGGUCUUUUUUUAAAUUGAGAUGUGAGGUUUUAGGUGCAAAUAUUGUAAAGAGUGGUUCUAGAACAUUUGCUGUUUACUCCAUAUCUGUUACAGAUGUACUAAAUAACAAUAGUAGUUGGUCCAUCAAGAGAAGGUUUCGCCAUUUUGAGGAGCUGCAUCAGCGUCUUAAAUCAUUUCGAGAAUAUAAACUUCACUUGCCACCAAAGCAUUUUCUUUCAUCGGGUUUAGACAUUUCAGUAAUACGAGAACGGUGCAAAUUGCUUGAUGAGUAUUUAAAGAUGCUAUUGCAGCUUCCGACUAUUUCAGGAUCAAUUGAAGUUUGGGACUUCCUAAGUGUUGAUUCCCAGACAUAUGUAUUCUCGAGUUCUUUUUCUAUUGUCGAAACUUUGUCAGUUGGCCUUGAUGAUAAUCCAUCUGAAAAGGGCAAAAAGGCUUCAAAUGUUGCAGGGCCUCUGAUGGGUCCAUUAACUUCCCGGAGACAACAGUUAGAUACUGAAAGCAAGGAAUCUUCAUUGCAAAUAAAGCCUAAUCUUGCAACUGAUGGAUUAAGAAAUGCAAAAAAUGUUUCUAAUUCUCCAUCAAAAGUUGCCACUGAAGCAAGGUGCAAGUCCUCUGAAGAUACUGGCAAUGGUUCUGAUGCUAAAGUGAGAAAUACAUCGUUAGUAAGGAACUCAAAGGAAAAUGUUAGAGGAAGAGAGAACGAAAUAAUGGAAGAUGCUUCUGAGUUGCUUCUUGAUUCUGAUAUGUACUCAACCCUUCCUACAGAGUGGGUGCCACCAAAUUUAAGUGCUCCUAUAUUAGAUUUGGUGGAUGUCAUUUUCCAGCUCCAGGAUGGUGGAUGGAUCAGGCGGAAGGCUUUUUGGUUUGCCAAACAGGUUCUACAACUUGGAAUGGGUGAUGCUUUUGAUGACUGGCUGAUAGAAAAGAUCCAGCUGCUGCGCAAGGGGUCAGUUGUUGCUUCAGGAAUCAAUAGGGUUGAGCAGAUACUUUGGCCUGAUGGAAUAUUCAUAACGAAACAUCAAAAGCGACGUCUGCCGCCAUCCAGUUGUCCAUCCCAAGCUUCACCACAUCCACAAUCUCAUGAAACAUCAUCUAUAUCGAAUAAUGAGCAGCAACAACUGGAAGCAGAACGUCGUGCAAAAUUCGUUUACGAGCUAAUGAUUGACAAAGCGCCUGCUGCUAUUGUGGGCCUUGUUGGUCACAAGGAGUAUGAACAAUGCGCCAAAGAUCUCUAUUUCUUUAUCCAGUCUAGUGUCUGUUUGAAGCUGUUGGCAUACGACGUUAUCGAGCUAUUACUGUUGUCUGCAUUUCCGGAGAUGGAUUAUGUAUUCAAGCAGGUGCGUGAGGAAAAACACAGGUUCGGUGAAUAUAAAGCGGACUAGUUGAGAUUUCAGAUAUGGAGGUUGAACAAUAGUGGUUCGGCCUUGUAUUUCCCCUCAAGUAGUGGAAUGUUGAGAUUCAUGUUUGGUUCAUUGCCUUGAGAAGUUCAUUCAUAUUUUACAGCACCAGCACUUCAUACACAGGUUCAAAUUCUGUAAUUAGUUUCCUCUUUCCUUGAGAAAAAAAAAGAUUCAUCACUCUUGGAGGAAUUGCAAGUAAACCUUGAGAAGAGUGAAUUUGAAAGCUUUUGGCUGUGGUUCUUUU